AUGUGCGGAAUCGUGCAUCGCGGGUGCGUUUUCGUGCGCUGUUGCUGUCGGGUUACACGAGCGGGCCCAGGACGUGCGUGGUGCUUUGCAGAGGAGUUCGCGGCGCACACCGCGAACGUGAACUGCCUGAAGAUCGGCAAGCGGUCCGCGGGGGUGCUGGUGACGGGCGGCGACGACAAGCGCGUGAAUAUGUGGGCCAUCGGCAACCCGCAGGCCAUCCUCUCCCUCACGGGCCACCAAACGCCGGUCGAGUGCGUCACGUUCGACGCUGCGGAGGAGGUGGUAGCCGCGGGCGCGUCGGGCGGCGCGAUCAAGCUGUGGGACCUCGAGGAGCAGCGCGUCCUGCAAACCUUGGUGGGCCACCGCUCAGGAUGCCUAGGCGUCGAGUUCCACCCCUUCGGCCAGUUCGUGUGUUCCGGCAGCCUCGACACGCAGGUCAAGCUCUGGGACAUCCGCCGCAAGGGCUGCAUCCACACCUACAAGGGCCACACGGGGGGAGUCAAACACGUCAAGUUCUCCCCAGACGGACGCUGGGUUGCGUCAGGCGGCGAGGACGGCGACGUUCGCAUUUGGGACCUGACAGCGGGCAAACAGCUGGCGCACUUCCCGCUGCAAGGCGCGGCGGUGACCGCGGUGGAAUACCACCCGUCGGAGUUCCUCCUGGCUACCGCGGGCUCGGACCGCUCCGUGCGGCUGUGGGACCUCGAGACGCUCGCGCUCGCGGACACCCUCGGCCCCGAGGCCACGCCGGCGAAGCAGAUGGUGUUCGCGCCGGACGGCGACGCGCUGCUGACCGCGAACCAGGACGGGCUGAAGGCGUGGGCGUGGGAGCCUGCGCGCGCGCUCGACUACGUCGACAUGUCGUGGGGGAACGUUGCCGGGCUGGGGCUGCACGGCAACAGGUUGCUGGGGUGCUCAAUUGCCGCGAACUUCGUGUCGCUGUGGGCCGCGGACCUGACGCGGAUCGGGCAGGCGCGCGGGGAGGACGGCUCGGCUGGGGAGGCCGGGGGCGCGCGUGCGGUGUCGGCGAGCGCCGCGGUGGGCGGCGGCAACGCCGGCGGGCCAGUAGGGAUGUCGAUGCCUUCGCAGUCGGCGUACGUGCCGGCGCCGGGGUCGGCGCCGCCGCAGAUACCGGCGGCGGCGCGGUUGCCGCCCGGGCAGGCGGCUGCGGCGGCGGCGCUGGCGCGGGCGCAGGGGGACCGCCCUCCGCAGCCACAGAGCCGCGGAGGGAGCCGCGGGAGCGGCUCGCGGGGCACGCCGAGCCCGGAGACGGACGGACACGAGCCUGCGCCGAAGCCCGGGAUGGUCUCGAUCGGGAUCGGUGCCCCGGGGGACUCGUUGUUGCGCGGGCAAGGUGGGGCGGCGCUGGUGCAGGCUGCGAGCGCGGGCGCGCGGGAGGCCGUCGUGGACCUCGCGGACCGCCUCGCGGGCCUCCAGGGCUCGGGAUCGCGUGGCGCGUCGGGGCUGCCGCCGAGCGAGCUGCGCAGGAGUCCGCGCAGUCAGGCGGCACCGACGGGCGGUCAGGUGGUGCGGGGGCUGUCGGAGGCGGCGCGGCGGGGGAGCGAGGGGGAGCCGGCGCGGAAGGCGUCGAGCCGCGGGAUGGUCGUGCGCGGCGUGAGCCAGGGGUCGAUGUCGGCGGGGAGCCCGCGGGCGGCGGUGGUGUCGGGGGAAAAGUCCCCCCCUCCGAUCACUCGGACGCGGACUGCGCCGGGGCUCGCGCCGAACGCCUCGGGCGACGGCCGGCGGCAGCCGCAGGGCCUGAACUUCUCGGAGUUCGUGCCGUCGACGGCGGCGGACGUCCCGAUUCCCGCAGGACCGGGGGCGGCGCCGGUGCCCCCCGGGAGCGCGGCGGCGGCGGUGUCGGAGCGCGAGGUGGCGUCGGAGAUGCUCGAGAGCCACGCGACGGUCGAGCUGAUCCUCUCGUCGCGGCUCGCCAGCCUCCAGGUGGUCCGAGGGUUCUGGGCGCGCGGCGACGUCAAGGGUGCUGUGUCGGCGCUGCGGCGCGGGCAGGACGCGUCCGUGGCGUGCGACGUCCUCCCCGUGAUGAUGUCGAGCCGGCAGAAGCUCGGCCUCGAGUCUCUGCCGGACCUGUGCCCCGUGUUGAGGGUCAUGCUGGAGAGCAGACAGGAUAGGCAUCGGUCGACGGCGCUGGACGCGGUGACGGGCAUGGUGCGGUCGUUCGGGCCGACGAUCACGGGGACGCUGCAGGCCGCGGAGGGGCGGCGGGCGCCCGGCGUGGACCUGUCGUUUGAGGAGCGCAUGGUGCGGUGCGAGGCGGCGCGGUCGGGGCUGGAGGGGCUGCUGGGGGUGCUGGAGGUGGUCGAGGGGGACCGGGAGUGCCCGACGGAUCUGCGGAAGCGCGCAGGGGACGCGCGGAUCCAGGUGGCCGCGGUCAUCUGA